ACCUGACACCCCUAACUCGAAACCUUUGUGUACAUCUUAUACGCACACAGCAGAGUAGACUUGCAUCAAUGUCAUUCUACUACAUUUGUUCAAUUGACAAUUAUUGCAAUUACUAAGAAUACUGAAAAACUAAGAUAGUUAAAAAACUAAACAGAAUAAUGAUUAACGACCUCGCUAAUCUAGGUUCAAUAAUCGAAAUAAAUCCUGAAGAGAGAGAUCUAGGACGAGUUGCUUUACCAAACGAAGAACAUGAGUUUGUGUAUGCAAAAGCAUUUUUGCAAAAAAACAGUACUGUUACCGGAGAAAAUCUUUAUGAUCAUUUAUCAGAAAUUCUGAACAAAAUUUUGUCUGAACGUCCCGAAAAUGUUGUCGAUUUUUUUGAAGAAUAUUGUCGAAAAAUCAAAGAAAAACGCUUCCGACCACUUACUGACCACUUGGAAGAUAUUUAUGUUGCGCCUGGAAGGUAUAGAUUGGCUAACAAGUUAUUGCCAUUUUUGCGGCCACUCCCACCCGAAGCACCUUCCACUGUAGACCCCGAAGACCUAGAAAGAGCUGAUAUGACAAAAAAUAAUAUGUUAGAUUUACUAGCUUACUUUGAGAUCGCUGGGCUAGGUUUACCACGGCUAGAAAUGUUCUGUUUAACAAUGUCAAUGAGACAACUAAUUCGAGCAGAACCAAUUACUAGAGUUAGAUUCUGGGGCAAAAUUUUUGGAAUGCAUAAAAAUUAUUUGGUAUUAGAAGCAGAUCUGAAAGACGAAGAAUACGUUAAAAGAAACGAAAACUAUAACGCCGCAGCUGACAAUAAAAUAGAUGACUUGGUUACUGAUCAUUUAGAACAGAUGAAAAGGGAGCAAGAGCUUCCUGCAGAAGAUGCGCUGCCACAGUUGUGGGCAACACUUCCUCCAACGCCUCGAAUUCAAUAUGAAGAACCUCCAGAACCACCAUCCGAACCAUCUGGUGUUGGAGUAAAUAAAACAGUUUAUUACGUGUGUAACGAAGUAGGUGACCCAUGGGUCCAGUUACCCGAUGCAACUCCUAAACAAAUAAGAAUUGCUCGCCAAAUUUACAAAACAUUUACUGGAGACUUAAACCAAGCGAUUGUCUCUUAUCCAUUAUUCCCUGGAACCGAAAGAAACUAUUUAAGGGCUCAAAUAGCAAGAAUUUCGGCGGGUACCCACAUUUCUCCCUUGGGUUUUUACAUCUUUGCAGGCGAAGCCUUUGGAGAAGCAGAAGAAUUCGAAGAAGGAGCUGGUGGAGACAACAAAGGAGACAUUUCAGAAAACCCAAAAUAUGAUCCGCCUUCUAUUAAAGAUUUAACUGAUAAAUCAAUGAUGUUUUGGGUACACCACAACAACCACAUACUAAAUCAAGGUCGUACUACUUGGUGGAACUCGAACCCAUUACCCGAGGGAAUUGAUGAAGAAUUAGGAGAAGAAGAGGAAGAGAAACCAGUUAUAGCUGGACCCGAACCCGAAACGGGUCCUGCGUUGCUUACUCCUUGUUCAGAAGAUGUUACUUUGGAUGCAAUUCCUGCUUGGUCUGUUCGAAGUUCUUCUGAUAUUGCAGAGGAAUAUGCUGUCGCCAUUGUUAAAUCUAAUUUUUGGCCAGGAGCUUACGGUUUUGCGGCGCAAGGCAAAACGUUUCAUAAUGUUUAUUUUGGCAGUGGACUUAAAGUAAUGGUUCCCAACUUUUCUCCAAAUCCCCUACCACCUGUUGAACAAGAUUAUCCAUUAGGACCGGAAAUAAUGGAAAUCCUUGAUCCUACCGGUGCAGAAGAAGAGACUUGGAGAAUAGCGCACUUACCUAAAGAACUGCCUCCAAAAGAAUUACGCGGGGAAGAUGAGCUUGGCGGCGAAGAAGCAGAAGAAGAAGAGGAGGAGGAAGAUGAAGAUGACUAAUUAAUUUAACCAAUUUUAAUAACGUUUAAAUGUAUUUCAAAAAUAUAGAACCCAUU